CGUUGAAGAAGAUGAAGGAGAUGACUUGUUGUUGGGGUCGGUAGAUGAAUUCUGGUGGUUUCCUCACAUGUGGAGCCACAUGCAACCUCAUCUGUUCCAUAAUGAGUCAUCACUAGUGGAGCAGAUGAUUCUGAACAAGGAAUUUGCACUAGAACAUGGUAUUCCAGCUGACAUCGGCUAUGCUGUGGCUCCACAUCAUUCUGGUGUCUACCCAGUUCACGUUCAGCUUUACGAAGCUUGGAAGAAGGUCUGGGGUAUUAAAGUGACCAGCACCGAAGAAUAUCCUCAUCUGAAACCUGCACGGUACAGGCGGGGCUUCAUCCACAAUGGCAUCAUGGUACUCCCUCGACAGACAUGUGGACUUUUCACCCAUACAAUUUUUUACAAAGAAUAUCCUGGUGGCCCUCAAGAACUAGACAAAAGUAUCCAAGGAGGUGAACUGUUUCUUACCAUCCUUCUUAAUCCUAUCAGUAUCUUCAUGACCCACUUAUCUAACUAUGGGAAUGACCGACUAGGGUUAUACACAUUUGUCAAUCUGGCCAGUUUUGUUCAAAGCUGGACCAAUCUGAAGCUGCAGACAUUACGUCCAAUUCAGUUGGCUCACAAAUAUUUUGAACUCUUUCCAGAACAGAAGGACCCACUCUGGCAGAAUCCAUGUGAUGACAGACGCCAUCGUGAUAUCUGGUCUAGAGACAAAACUUGCGGCCACCUACCAAAAUUUCUUGUGAUUGGACCCCAGAAAACAGGAACAACAGCACUCUAUUUGUUUCUCCUGAUGCACCCCUCCAUAAUUAGUAAUCUUCCUAACCCAAAAACCUUUGAGGAAGUUCAAUUCUUUAAUGGAAACAACUAUCAUAAAGGAAUUGAUUGGUAUAUGAAUUUUUUUCCUACCCCUUCAAAUAUCACUGCUGAUAUUUUGUUUGAGAAAAGUGCCAACUAUUUCCAUUCUGAAGAUGCUCCCAAACGUGCAGCAUCCUUGAUACCCAAAGCAAAAAUCAUCACCAUCCUCAUUGAUCCCUCCGACAGAGCCUAUUCCUGGUAUCAGCAUCAGCGUUCCCAUGAGGACUCUACUGCUCUGAAGUUCAAUUUCUAUGAAGUAAUUGCUUCAAAUGAUGGGGCACCAUCUGAACUAAAGGGCCUACAGAAGAAAUGCUUGGUACCUGGCUGGUAUGCUAUCCAUAUAGAAAGAUGGCUAAAAUAUUUCCCCUCUUCCCAGUUGUUAAUUAUUGAUGGACAGCAAUUAAGAAGUGACCCAGCUACCGUGAUGGAUGGAGUUCAAAAGUUUCUGAGUGUUUCACCUCAUUAUAAUUAUUCUGAUGCAUUAACGUUUGAUCCUCAGAAAGGAUUUUGGUGCCAGCUGCUGGAUGGAGGAAAAAUAAAAUGUCUGGGGAAAAGUAAAGGCCGAAAAUACCCUCCCAUGGAUCAAGAGUCUAGGACAUUCCUUUCAAACUACUACAGAGAUCACAACGUGGAACUGUCCAAAUUGUUGCACAGACUGGGACAACCUUUGCCAUCCUGGCUAAGACAAGAGCUCCAGAAACUGAGAUAGCACAGAACAGAUGUGAAACCACUUUGUUCUGCCCUUCACUUCCUGGCUCACUCUCAGCUGUCUAUGGAAGAUCUGAUGAUAUUAAGGAUAUUUAAAAGAAAAAAAAAGGCUGCACCAAAAACAAGCAAAUAAAACAAUCAGAGCUUUGAAGUAUUAUCCUUUAUCCAUUAUGGGGUUCACAUAUAUUCUGCAUACCCGGAAACUGUACAUAUAUGACUAUAUGACCUAGAGUUAUCACCAUAUAUGACAAAUUACAGUCUGUCAGGACAAAGAAUGGAUGCAUCUCACCAUUGAUUACAAGUGCAUCCUUCCCAUGCAGUUUCAAAAAUGUGGAUUCCAGGACUCGACGAUUCCCAGUGUUACGUCAUCUACAAUGAUGAAUAAAGAUUCACAAGUGACUACAAUUCUUCUAUCUGCAGAAGCUGGAUUUUAUAAACCUAAACACAGAGACAGAAAAUAUAGUCUUCCCACUGGAAACUAAUUCUGAUACUUUCAUAUUAACUGCCUUGAAAUGGAUUGUUUUGUAUCUAACCAUUGCCAGUCCCAAUUCUCUCCACAUAUAUUUGAUGCUGAAACUACAGGAGAUAUAAUUUUCCACUUCUAGAUUUAUUUGGGGGUUUAUUUUAUUUAU